AUGGUUUUCUCUUUUUUGCCACUGUUUCAGGGUCAGACUCCAUUGUUUCCUCGUAUUUUUGGUCAUGAAGCUGGAGGGAUCGUGGAGAGCGUAGGUGAAGGUGUGACUCAUCUGAAACCAGGGGAUAAAGCCCUGCCUGUAUUCACAGGGGAGUGUGGUGAAUGUCCACAUUGUAAGUCAGAGGAGAGCAACAUGUGUGAUCUUCUUAGGAUCAACACUGACAGAGGUGUCAUGCUCAAUGAUAACAAGUCUAGAUUCUCUAUCAAUGGAGAGCCCAUAAACCAUUUCGUGGGCACCUCUACAUUCAGUGAGUACACAGUGGUUCAUGUUGGAUGUGUUGCAAAGAUCAAUCCUGAAGCACCACUUGACAAAGUUUGUAUUCUCAGUUGUGGAAUAUGCACAGGUCUUGGUGCUACUGUGAAUGUUGCAAAACCAAAGCCAGGUUCUUCAGUUGCUAUCUUUGGGCUUGGAGUUGUUGGCCUUGCUGCUGCUGAAGGUGCAAGGAUCUCUGGUGCAUCAAGAAUCAUUGGAGUUGAUUUAGUUUCCAGUCGAUUUGAAUUAGCUAAGAAGUUUGGAGUGAAUGAGUUCGUGAACCCGGAAGUAGAUUAA